AUGUGGGAUCUGUUGAUUUAUCCAAGUCUAUAUCUAUCUAUCUAUCUAUCUAUCUAUCUAUCUAUCUAUCUAUCACCUUACUUCAUAUCUAUCUAUCUAUCGAUCUAUCUAUCUAUCUAUCUAUCACCUUACUUCAUAUCUAUCUAUCUAUCUAUCUAUCUAUCUUCUUCCUUCAAUUCUGUCUAUCUAUCUAUCACCUUCCUUCAUAUCUAUCUAUCUAUCUCCUUCCUUCAUAUCUAUCUAUCUAUCUAUCUAUCUAUCUAUCUAUCUUCUUCCUUCAAUUCUAUCUAUCUAUCUAUCUAUCUAUCUAUCUAUCUAUCUAUCUCCUUCCUUCAUAUCUAUCUAUCUAUCUAUCUAUCUAUCUAUCUAUCUAUCUAUCUAUCUACCUAUCUUCUUCCUUCAAUUCUAUCUAUCUAUCUAUCUAUCUAUCUAUCUCCUCCCUUCAUAUCUAUCUAUCUAUCUAUCUAUCUAUCUAUCUAUCUAUCUAUCUACACUUAUUUUAUUUACGUCAUUCUCUCUCGCAGCAUUGUUGUUCUUCUGCUCGUUGGCGCCCGCUGUCCGAAUCCUGUAUUCUUUGCUUAUUAUUAUGCAAAUAAGCAAGCUUUAAAGGAACCGGCCGUCCGUUCAUUCGGUAGUAUUUUAACAUUCACUUUCCUCUUUUUCUGUCUCACAUCUAAGUCCCGUCUCUCUUCUCCCCCACAAAAUCGUAAUAAUUUAUCGUCUUUCCUUUUAUUCCAACCCGCUCUCAUGUCUGUGCGUCUUCAGUUCACUAGCUGCUCUAUAAAGAGCGGCAUACAGAAUGCAUAUCUUUAUUUAAUCCGAGCUGAAUUAUUUACCUAUCUGUCUCCGGCGCCAGUGAUAUCUAUCGAUCUAUUUCAAUCUGUUCUCGGUCAUUUUCUCUCUCACCUCCUAUCUAUAUCUAUCUAUCUAUCUAUCUAUCUAUUUCAAUCUGUUCUCGGUCUAUUUCUCUCUCACCUCCUCUCUAUAUCUAUCUAUCUAUCUAUCUAUCUAUCUAUCUAUCUAUCUAUCUAUCUAUCUAUCUAUCUAUCUAUAUCCAAUAUCUAUCUAUCUAUCUAUCUAUCUAUCUAUCUAUCUAUCUAUCUAUCUAUCUAUCUAUCUAUCUAUAACACUGCUACUUAA